AUGCAGGUUUGCAUUUCUGUUUUGGCAGCAUAUAACCAUGUGUUCCGUAUGGUACUAAAACUGGCACAGAUUCAAAUCUGUGAAAGAAUUUUAAAUAAGAAAACAUCUGAUUUCUCAUCUGAAUGGUGUAACUUUGCCAAACGAUACCUUGGCUGUGGAAUCACUGAAUCUUUUUACGAAGUAUGUCCAAAAACUGCAGAGGCUUUGCAAAACUACUUUGAGAUACUGAUUAAUCCGAAUAAUAGCAACUGUUAUUUGCGGCAACCAACGGCUAACCAUAAUGAAAUUGUUUUUGGUCGGUUAAUUCGGCAACUAACAGCUGAUCUGAAUGAAACCGUUCCUGAUUGGUCAGAUCGACAACCAACAGCUGAUCUGAAUGAAACCGUUCCUGAUUGGUCAGAUCGACAACCAACAGCUGAUCUGAAUGAAACCGUUCCUGAUUGGUCAGAUCGACAACCAACAACUGAUAUGAAUGAAACCGUUCCUGAUUGGUCAGAUCGACAACCAACAGCUGAUCUGAAUGAAACCGUUCCUGAUUGGUCAGAUCGACAACCAACAGCUGAUCUGAAUGAAACCGUUCCUGAUUGGUCAGAUCGACAACCAACAACUGAUAUGAAUGAAACCGUUCCUGAUUGGUCAGAUCGACAACCAACAGCUGAUCUGAAUGAAACCGUUCCUGAUUGGUCAGAUCGACAACCAACAGCUGAUAUGAAUGAAACCGUUCCUGAUUGGUCAGAUCGACAACCAACAGCUGAUCUGAAUGAAACCGUUCCUGAUUGGUCAGAUCGACAACCAACAGCUGAUCUGAAUGAAACCGUUCCUGAUUGGUCAGAUCGACAACCAACAGCUGAUCUGAAUGAAACCGUUCCUGAUUGGUCAGAUCGACAACCAACAGCUGAUCUGAAUGAAACCGUUCCUGAUUGGUCAGAUCGACAACCAACAGCUGAUCUCAAUGAAACCGUUCCUGAUUGGUCAGAUCGACAACCAACAGCUGGUCUGAAUGAAACCGUUCCUGAUUGGUCAGAUCGACAACCAAAAGCUAAUCUGAAUGAAACCGUUCCUGAUUGGUCAGAUCGACAACCAACAGCUGAUCUCAAUGAAACCGUUCCUGAUUGGUCAGAUCGACAACCAACAGCUGAUAUGAAUGAAACCGUUCCUGAUUGGUCAGAUCGACAACCAACAGCUGAUCUGAAUGAAACCGUUCCUGAUUGGUCAGAUCGACAACCAACAGCUGAUCUGAAUGAAACCGUUCCUGAUUGGUCAGAUCGACAACCAACAGCUGAUCUGAAUGAAACCGUUCCUGAUUGGUCAGAUCGACAACCAACAGCUGAUCUCAAUGAAACCGUUCCUGAUCGGUCAGAUCGACAACCAACAGCUGAUCUGAAUGAAACCGUUCCUGAUUGGUCAGAUCGACAACCAACAGCUGAUCUCAAUGAAACCGUUCCUGAUUGGUCAGAUCGACAACCAACAGCUGAUCUGAAUGAAACCGUUCCUGAUUGCUCAGAUCGACAACCAACAGCUGAUAUGAAUGAAACCGUUCCUGAUUGGUCAGAUCGACAACCAACAGCUGAUCUGAAUGAAACCGUUCCUGAUUGGUCAGAUCGACAACCAACAGCUGGUCUGAAUGAAACCGUUCCUGAUUGGUCAGAUCGACAACCAAAAGCUAAUCUGAAUGAAACCGUUCCUGAUUGGUCAGAUCGACAACCAACAGCUGAUCUCAAUGAAACCGUUCCUGAUUGGUCAGAUCGACAACCAACAGCUGAUAUGAAUGAAACCGUUCCUGAUUGGUCAGAUCGACAACCAACAGCUGAUCUGAAUGAAACCGUUCCUGAUUGGUCAGAUCGACAACCAACAGCUGAUCUGAAUGAAACCGUUCCUGAUUGGUCAGAUCGACAACCAACAGCUGAUCUGAAUGAAACCGUUCCUGAUUGGUCAGAUCGACAACCAACAGCUGAUCUCAAUGAAACCGUUCCUGAUCGGUCAGAUCGACAACCAACAGCUGAUCUGAAUGAAACCGUUCCUGAUUGGUCAGAUCGACAACCAACAGCUGAUCUCAAUGAAACCGUUCCUGAUUGGUCAGAUCGACAACCAACAGCUGAUCUGAAUGAAACCGUUCCUGAUUGGUCAGAUCGACAUCCAAAAGCUAAUCUGAAUGAAACCGUUCCUGAUUGGUCAGAUCGACAACCAACAGCUGAUCUCAAUGAAAACAUUGCUAAUGCUAGCAGUAAUUCUGAUCUCCAGACAUGUAAUAAUUGCAAAGUAAUCAAAUGUCCAGAGGGUUUCUAUUAUAACAAACAUUUGGCAAAAUGUGUUGAUGUAGAUGAAUGCGCAUCCAAUAAACAUUUUUGUUCGCAGAAGUGUAUCAAUAAGCAAGGUAGCUAUGAUUGUGAGUGUUUUGGCCCUUUGUAUAGACUGGCUCGAAAUAAUCGUCGGUGCUAUCGAACUGAUAAUGAAUCCGUCGUGUUUUUCUUGGCUCAUUCUCAUAGUGUAUGGAAUAUAACAUAUAAUGCAAAAUCUCAGCUUAAGUUGGUACCUAGCAAUAGAGCUGAAAAAGUGGCCAUGUUCGACUACGACUUGAAGGAAAAGAAAUUAUACUAUGUGGAUCUAACGAGAAAUUCAAUUCAGUAUGUAAAUUUGCUUGAUAGAAACAGAGUACAUAUCAUACAAAACCAUGAUAUUGAAGGUACAGAAGGAAUCGCUAUUGAUUGGAUACAUAGGAAUUUGUAUACUCUACGUUACAAGCAAUUACAUGUGCAACGUCUUGAUGGUCUUUAUAGAGCAUUACUUUAUGAUGGAUUUUUUCAAUUGCCUCGAGCUUUGGUCGCUUAUCCUUCGAUACGUGAACUGUUUGCAAGCGACUGGGGAGUGAAACCAUUUAUAGUCCGUCUUGCUAUGGACGGUACUCAAGCAAAAAAGAUCGUCACUGAAAGUUUAGUUUGGCCAAAUGCACUAGCUAUCGAUUAUUUCGCAGAACGUCUUUACUGGGCCGAUGCUUUCCGCGACGUUAUUGAAAUGGCAAAUUUGGAUGGAACGGGUCGACGAACUGUAAUCAGUGACGAUAAGUUGGUGCCGCAUGUUUUCGGAUUAACGAUAUUUGACGAUACGAUCUUUUGGAGCGACUGGACUCGUCGUGGAAUUCUUUUUGCUAAUAAACUUACCGGUCAAAACUCAACAAGGCUGAUGGAGACUGUAUUGCCACCGUAUUCCCUCAAGGCAUAUCAUCCUUUUAUGCAAAUGGAAGCUCCUAAUAUUUGUGAAGUGACAACAUGCCAACAUAUCUGUGUACCGAAGCUUGAUGGUUCAGGACAGCAAUGUCUAUGCGCCGAAGGAUUUAUCAUGCAUGAAAGCGGUCUUUGUGAACCAAACUGUACGAAACAUCAGUUACUGUGCUCACGGCCGGAUCACAAAUGUCUCAAUUUAAUAUAUCGGUGUGAUGAAUCGUACAAUUGUAGAAAUGGAGAUGAUGAAAUGGAAUGUCCUGUAUCGAUUUGCAUGCAUGAUGAGCGCAUGUUCCCUUGUCGUGAUAAUCGUAAAUGUAUUUUGCGAUCGCAACGAUGCGAUGGUUUCGUAGAUUGCUAUGAUGAAUCGGAUGAAUUUUAUUGUGCUGAUUUAGCUAUAGCUUGGAGCCAUUAA